AUGCUGCCAAGAGUAGUGAUUGGCCUUGCCGCCGCUCAUGGAGCCGUCGCAUCUGUGCACAGCAACAAUUUGGCUUAUCUGAGUCCGUCCCGGCGCCAUCCAACGUUAGCGGUCCCCGCCAGCCAUUUAGCUACACGAGCGGCCGAUGAGCUCUACACUCCUGAUGAGCUAGAAUUCACCCAUGGUGUGGCUUCGGGUGACCCUCUGGCCGAUUCUGUCAUCAUUUGGACUCGGUUGGCUCCAUCAUCCAAUAACACAGCCUCUGACACCAUCCCUGAAGGAGUUGUUCCAAUCUACGAUCACCCAGAAGCAGAUGAGCCAAGCGAGAAGUCUGCUUGCGUCGAAUUCCGGAUUGCUAGCGAUGAGAAACUCACAGACAUCGUGGAUAAAGGCACUGCCUAUACCACUAGUGACGUUGACUAUACUAUUAAAUUCGAGGCCGCAGGAUUGAAGCCCUUCACCACAUACUACUACCAAUUCAACGUCUGCAACUCGGCAAAGACCAGCAUUGUCGGUCGCACUAAGACGGUUCCAGGCAAAGACGCUAAAGUUGAGAAAAACAUCAAAUUGGCCGUCUACUCUUGUAGCAAUUACCCGAUGUUCUUGUGGCACCAGUACUGUACUUACUUAUACUAUGAAGCUGAGGGAUACUUUAACGCGUACGGCAACCCGGUUACCAAGGACUCAGUUGACUAUGUCCUUCAUCUAGGAGACUACAUCUACGAAUACAAAGGCGACUCUAGUAUUCGCAAUCCAGAGCCCGAUCGAGAGACAUACGACUUGUACGACUAUCGCAAGCGCAUCGCCACAUACCGCACUGACCAAGACCUCCUUGCCUCCCAUCAAAAAUUCCCAUGGAUCCCAGUGUGGGACGACCACGAAGUCGCCGACAACUCCUGGCGCGAAGGCUCUGUUAACUCCGACGGCGAGGUCUUCGCUAAGCGGAAACAGGCCGCAGUGCGAGCUUACUUUGAGUGGAUGCCCAUACGCCAAGUCGAGAUGGACGAUAGCUUGCGAAUCUGGCGCUCAUUUUCCCUUGGAACCCUGGCUGACUUGAUGAUGCUCGACACGCGCCAGUACAGUCGUGAUCUGACAGUGCUGGGAGGCUUUGCGGGCAUUGGAGGCAACUCAGGAGAGGUAGAGAAGCUCGUCAACCUCGACAACCGCACCAUUAUGGGGUUUAACCAAGAAGCCUGGUUCUACGAUCAGCUCUCCCAGUCAUCCAAUCGAGGGGCGGCCUGGCGUUUGGUCGGCCAACAAGUGGUUUUCAGCCAUGUGACCUUUGGCUUCUUUACACAGGAGGGAUUCAACCGGGACCAGUGGGAUGGAUAUCUGGCAAACCGCCGCCGCGUCUUCAGCCACUUAUACGACAACCAAAUUAACAACACAAUCAUCAUGUCUGGAGACUCUCAUGCCUCGUGGGUAUCUGACCUCGCCUGGGUAACCGGUGAUGCAGGUGAUCGACCCUAUGACAAGAACACCGGCGAUGGGGCCAUUGGAGUAGAGCUGGCCGGUUCAGCCGUGUCAUCUACGAGCCCUAUUGGCAAUGUUCUGCCUAACUUCCUGACAAAUUUGGCAUCAGCUUGGCUUGUAAAUAAGAAUGAUGAGCUACAAUGGCAGGAUUUGUAUUUCAGAGGCUAUUACGAGAUGGAUAUCGGCUACGAUAGCCUCACAGCGACAUUCUUCGGUAUCCCUGAUGUUAAAACGAGGAAUACGAAAGAGGAUGUUAUCGCAACAUUUGUGGUCAAUAACGGCGAGAAUAGGCUGGCUCGUAACCCAACUGUUGGUGGAGGAACUGCCAAGAGUGGUUCGCUCAAGAAUGGCAAGGUGUCGACAUGA